GCCACGCGCACUGAACUGGGCCAGUCGCAGCCGCGCGUGCGUGUGCGACACAUGGAGUAGGUCCGACUCCGCUGAGAACAGUUGGAAAGGCAUUGAUCUGGGAAAACUUUUACAAACCAACAGCAAAACACCCGUUUUCCGCCAUGCGAGUGGAACUACAGCAGAACGAGAAUGAGGAGAGCUCGGCGAAUUCGAUGCGGUUGCUGGUGAACCAGCUGAGGGAGAUCACAGGCAUCCAGGACCUGGAGCUCCUUCAGCGGGCACUGGUGGCGGCCAAUGGUGACAUCAUCCAUGCCAUCUCCUUGGUGACGGCUCCAACACCCGAGGAGGCCCAGGCACCUGAGGAACCUUCAGGAGGCGAGGAGAACCAAGAGGCAGAAAGAGACGUUCAGAGAGUUGAAGUGAAAGAUGACCUACAGGCAGCCAUUGAGCUCAGCCUACAGGGGAACCAGAAUGGAGACAACAGAGAACACAACAGGCCUGUGGAGAAGAUUGUGAUCCACGUGAAGAGGAAACGCUGUGAGCCCAUGGGGGAGAGCUGCAGCCCCGCCGAGCUCAGUCGCCAUGACAACUGGCCCGUGGGCAUCCGCAACGUGGGCAACACCUGCUGGUUCAGCGCCGUCAUCCAGUCUCUCUUCCACCUGCCGGUGUUCCGGAGGCUGGUGCUGAACUACUGUCUGUCUGAGCGCGUGCUGGAGAAGUGCAGGAGUCACUCGGAGAAGAGGAACAUUGCCUUCAUGCAGGAGCUCAGGUGUCUGUUUGCACUGAUGUUGGGUUCUACACGGCGCUUUGUGGACCCGUCUGCUGCCGUGGAACUCCUCAGGGAUUCUUUCAGAACCAGUGAGGCCCAGCAGGAUGUCAGUGAGUUCACCCAUAAACUCCUGGAUUGGCUGGAGGAUGCCUUUCAGCUUUCUGCUGUGGGAAAUAACCCUGACGAUAAGAAGGACAACCCCAUGGUCCAGCUCUUCUACGGGACAUUUGUUGCCAAGAGAACUCAUGAAGGAAAGACCCAGUCCAACAUCGAGCAGUUCGGCCAGUACCCUCUGCAGGUCAACGGCUUCAACAACCUGGACGAGUGUCUGGAGGGGGCCAUGGUGGAGACUGAGGUGGAGGGGGCACACUCAGAGCAAACCGUCUCCUCUGGUCAGGAGCGAUGGUUCUCCAAACUUCCACCCGUGUUGACCUUUGAACUGUCAAGGUUUGAGUUCAACCAAUCACUGGGGCGCCCUGAGAAGAUCCACAAGAAGCUGGAGUUCCCCCAGGUCAUCUACAUGGACAGGUACCUACACAGGAAUGUAGAGCUGACUCAGAGUAGGAGAGGAGCGGUCAAGAGGCUGAAGGAGCAGCUCACAGCCCUGCAGCAGCGGCUCGAGAGCUAUAAGAACUAUGGUUCCGGGCCGGUGAAGUACCCCCUGGCAGACAUGCUGCAGUAUAUUCUGGAGUUCGCCACCACCCGGCCCUGCAGUGCCCCCCCCAGCUCCACCAGCCCCCAGCCCCCCCCACACACAGAGCCCAGCGCAGACAACACUGCCUCCGACCCCUCUGAAGGUGCCCCCCCAUCCUCCGACGCCCCCUCCCCCUCCCCCGCUCAGCGCACCCCCAUCCACAAGCCCUUCACUCACUGGUGCCCCCCGCAGGACGGGCAGGUGCAGCCAGCGCCACACAGCAUCACCGAGGAGGAGCUGCAGGUGGUCAGGGGCUGUCUGCAGCGAUGGAGGGCCGAGGUGGACAACGACGUCAACGAGUUGAAGGCCAGUAUUGAGAGGGUAAGCCACGAAUUGGAACAGAUCUACUCCGACAACAGCUUGUGUCAGGUGCCGUACCGGCUGCACGCGGUGCUUGUGCACGAGGGCCAGGCGUCGGCUGGUCACUACUGGGCGUACAUCUACGACCACCUGCACCAGCGCUGGCUCAAGUACAACGACGUCAUGGUGACCGAGUCGUCCUGGGAGGAGCUGGUCAGGGACUCGUACGGCGGGAUGACCAACGCCAGCGCCUACUGCCUCAUGUACAUCAACGACAAACUGCCCCACCUCAUCGAAGAGGACACUGACGGGGACACAGGUCAGGUUCUGGAGGGGGUGGACGCUCUACCCUCCAUCUUGCGGCGGUACGUUCUAGAAGAUAACCGCUGGUUCCAGCAGCAACUGCGAGAGUGGGAGGAACAGCUGGCCCAGCAGAACCAGCAGCAGAACGCGUCCUUAACCCCCCUCCAGCAGGAACAGCAACCAGAACGGGAACCAGACCAGGAACCUCCUCACCAGGAACCAGCAGAGCCAGAGCAGGAACCAGAGCAGGAGCAAGAACCAGAAGAGGAACGGGAGCAAGAACCAGAGCAAGAGCCAGAAGAAACAGAAGAACCAGAACAAGAACACGCAGAUGAACCCAAUCAGGAACCUCAUCAUGAAGAGACCAGCAUCGAAGAACCCAGAGUAGACCCCCCAGUCCCUGAGGCAGCUGUGCCCAGAGAGAUGAGUCCUGAGCGGGGAGAGUCGCCUGAGGCUGCCCCCCUCGAGUACCACCAGGCUGGAGGAUCCCCACAGGACACUCAGGUGUCAGGUGAGAGUGCACUGAUGGAUGAGGGGCGUGAGGCGGCCGAAGACCAGAGAGGAUCUGAACACACACAGCAGGAAGAGGCCGUCUCCACGGACAACCAGCCUGACAACACCACUACCCAGAGUUCCUCAGAAGAGGGCAGGGCCGGAGCCAGGGCUCCCGUGGAGACGCAGCCCCAGGAGAAUGUGAUGUCAGAGGUGGACAUUCCAAACGUGGGGAAGAUUCAGGUGCUGUCCAACAGUGAUGGCUUUAACGAGGAGAUGAUCCUGACCCCGGCCAUGCAGGGGAUCAUUCUGGCCAUCGCCAAAGCCAGCAAAGUCAUCGACAAGGAUGGUCCAGAGGCUGGACUCAUUAAGGCGUUCCACGAGGAGUACUCGCGUCUGUUCGAGCUGUCCCAGGAGAGCGGCACCCCCCAGCAGGACGCCCGCCUGCAGCACGUCCUCGUCUACCUCUUCCAGAACCGAGCGCCCAAGCGCAUCAUCGAGAGAACCCUGCUGGAACAGUUUGGCGAUCGCAACCUCAGCUUCGAUGACAGGUCCAUGAGCAUCAUGAGAGAAGCUCGCUCCAAAAUACGCCUCAUCAAACCAGAGGACAUGGACAUGGAGGAGUACCUGAAGUGGCAUGACGACUACAGCAUGUUCAAGACGGUGUUUGCCUACCUGCUCACAGGCCUGGAACAGUACCAGAAUGGAAAACUGCGGGAGGCUCUGAUCUACCUGGCGCAUGCAUACCAGGACAAUGCCACGCUGAUGAGGGGAGGAGACAGGAAAGGGGUGGAGCAAACGCUCAUUGGACGCUACAGGAGGAAAUGCCUCAUGGAGCUGAAUGACCGCGCGGCGAAGCUCUUCAAGAGUGAGGAGGUAGAGGAGGCGGAGGACGCUGUUGCCAUGGUGAACGACUGUGUUAUUCCCUGUGUCCACCUCAUGGCCCGAGACAGUGUGUGUCAGGAGGACCUGGACGCCAUCGAGCACAUCAGGGGUGUGUGGUGUGGAUACCUUGGACAGGACAUGAAGGAUUCCCUUCAGGAGAAGCUCAGUGAGUUCCUGCCCAGAGUUCUAGACUGUUCCACGGAGAGGGUGGUUCUAAAGGAACCUCCCCAAGUCUGUUCCAACUCUCCUCAUGACCUGGAGAGCCGACUGGCUGCCGUCAUGGAGUCCAUGGUUACGGUCACAUAGAACCAUACCGUGCCGUCCAACUCACAGAAGAACUGGUCAAGCACCGUGGCAAGCCAGUCAGGCUUUUGAAGUCUGGAAAAUGGUCACCAUCAGAGACUUCAACUGGACACUCUCAGGAUCUUCUGCAGCCUGAUCUCUGCAGAGGGAUACCAUCACCACUAUUGAGACCUACUCUGAAACAUCAAGGCCUUUCAUAGAUUCAGUGUUGGUCAAGCUGAAUUAUAAUUCUAAUUUUCAGAAGGAAAAUAUGCUGUGGCAAGCCAUUUUGAGGUUUUAUAACAUUUGUUGACAUUGAGGUAUUGUUAGUUUUCUAUAUGCUAAAAAAGUAUGAAGUAGAGGUGCCGUAAUACUGAAUGACCUAAUAACUUCCAAUAUUAUUAGAAUGACUUGAACUAGCAUGUUUAGAGUCAUUUAAUUAAUACUGUUUCUACUGUAAGAAUGUUUGGUUUAGUAAGAAUGUUUAAUAGAAUUACUACUAAGCUAUAGAAACUAUGGUAGUCAUAAUGCAAGCAAUAGUGAACAUUAACUUACCAGCUGAAAUGGCUUGCCAUAUGUGUGAGGUCAUGCAACAUGAUUCCUGAGAUUUACAGGCGCUAUAGCAACCACGCCACGAGGGUGCAGAAGCAGACACUAUAAUAAAGCACGCCAACAUGUCAAACACUGGAUUGUUUGUCGCACUACUACUAGUAACAAUGCAACGGAAAGGAUUUUUUAUAUAUAUUUAUACCUUAUCAAGAUAAAGAUUGUAAAAGUUAUAUGUUGUUGAGUAUGUGAUUCUCACCCCUAAUGUGUUCAGACAGGGGAGUGUUGUUGGUAUGUACGAUGUAAAUGUGCUCCUGAUUAGACAGGCAAGUACAGUAUUUGCCAUUGAGAAUGGGGCAGUUUGGCGUAAAACAUGUGCUAAAGCGGUUAGCACCCUGAGACUUCAAAGUAAGCAGUUAGCCGCUGGUUUAUGGCCCUGUGUAUUGGUGAGCACUGCGGCCACACCGUUAGCUAAGUUAGUUUCUGAGCUAAGGCAAAAUGUAUGGAUUCUUGUAGACUAGAAGCUGCACUAUUGGGAAAAGAAGCCAGUGGCAUAGAGCAUUUAGCUUGUUGGGCUAAUACUCAUUAUGAUUAGCAUGUGCUAUGCCGCUAGCGUAGCUAGUGUUCUCAUUUAAACCAUUUCAUUGGAAGCACACAGUAGCUACAGGGCUACAGAGAAAAGGAAGUGAUCAUUAUUAGACCGAUGAUCUGGCUAUCUGUUUGUCUGGCGUAAGUUCACCCAAAGGUGAGCAACCGUUAACUUCACAUAACUGUGGUAUAAAAGGAAUAUAUAAGCGAAUGAACCUUGACUUCAUACACACUAAUGAUGUUUAGAGAUGUUUGGUCAGAUAUCUUAAAGUGCCUUGUUUUUUUCUCUCAAAGCGUUUUUGGCAGUGACAGUAAAAAAAAGAGAAAAAAAUCAAAAUAAAAUAACUGUACAGUGAUGUGAAAAGUUGUGAUUUUGGAUGUGGAUACCGUUUUAGCCGUGUUAGUCCUAAAUGGCAGUGUUUGAGUCACUAUAGCUUCAUGUAAAGGGGCCUUCUCACGUCUUUGCUCCACCACAGCAAGUCUGUCACAGCUUUUAAUAAAAGAUCAUCUUCCUU